AUGGCUGUGAGUGCAUCGUCCAGAGCGCCAUCUAGAGCCUUUGCAGUAACCACUGGGGAUGAUGACAUGUUGGGGCUCUUGUCCAAUGCCAGGGAUUUCGUGUCCGUGUCAUCCAGGGAUUUAGUCAAUCCCGAGACUUAUGAAGGUGAACUCACCACAUGGGGCAAUGUUCUCUGCCCAGGGGAUGAGAUAUGGACCUUGCUGCAUCUCUGUUUUGCCAUUCUCACUGAAAGCCUUGGCUUGCAUUGUCUGACUGCUGAGUUUUGCUUGGCAUAUUCUGCUGAUUCCCUGGAGGCUGUGGGGAUUAUGGAAGCCCUGUUGCUCACUUUCUUGGUAUUCAAGCUCAACCGCAGCAUCACUUCAGUGGUGGAGGCAGUUGCUAUUGCAGGGAUGAGCAUUGGCAGCAAAAGAUAUGCUGGUGCCCUGGGAGGCGCUUUGUUGUUGCUGGCAGAGCUUUUCCCCUUUUUCAGAGACUAUGACUUUUUAGCUGUUGCUCUGGCAAAUCCCUUGCUUGCUGUAGCAUUGAGUGGCAAGGGUGUGAAGGAAUACAUGGCCUGAUUUUGAA